UUUAAAAGUGAAAACUCUUUCCCAGGCAAACCCAAACACUCGGCGUCAUCUCCUCACGGCUUACGGCUCACGGCUCACGGCUCACGGCUUCAUUCAACAGCCACAGCUUCUGUCCACUUGUUGCCAACCUUUAGUGAACGGAAGAGGUGCUAAGAAACAAAGGCCAAUGACAGAUAGUGCCUUAGCAUAUCUCACCACAGUCAAGGAUGCAUUUAAAGAUGAUAGAGAAAAAUAUGAUAAAUUUCUGGAACUCGUGAAAAAUUUCACUGCUGAAAGAUUCAACCUUGUUAGAGGCAUAGAAGAAGUGAAGGAGCUGCUUAAAGGGUAUAGAGAUCUAAUCUUGGGAUUUAAUGUUUUCUUGCCAAAGGGAUAUGAAAUCAAACUUCCAUUGGAGGAUGAACAACCUCCAGAAAAGAAGCUUGAUGUGUUUGUUAAAGCUAAAAAACUUCUGCACAAGAUUAAGGCUCGAUUCCAUGGUCAAGAUAAUGUUUACAAGACAUUUCUGGCCAUAUUAAAGAUGCACAAAGAUGGAACCAAGUCUCCCACUGCAGCUUACGGGGAGAUUACUGCACUUCUUCAGCACCAUGCGGAUCUUCUUAAUGAGUUACCUUUUUUAUCUCUUAAUACUUCAAGAACUAUCUCAAUUCAUUUUACUUCUGCACAAAAUUCUUUGUUUCGUGAAAAAAGCUCUGCAGUUCCAAUAGUGCAACAAAUGUGUGUUCUGAAGAGAAAAAGGACCAAAACUUCACAUGAUGAUCACAACCACAUUGUUGGUCAUAGAUUAGAGAGCGAUUGGAGUGAACGGGAAAAGGAUAAUAGAGAUUAUUAUCAAGAUGGUAUUCAGAAGCUUCUAUCUCUGAAACGGACACAUUUUUGUAUGGCUGAAGACCUUAUGGCUAGAUCAUUUUGUAAUGUUGAUAAACAUUUUGGUAUGCACCCCAUGCCAUCCACUUGUUAUGAUCAAAGUUCUAUGAAAAGUAGUGAAAGGUUUUCUUUCUGUGCAAAAAUCAAGGAUAAAUUACAAAAUCCUAAGAAUUACUUUUCAAAGCAUGUGGAUAUCUACAGCAAGGAAAAAACUACUCGACAAGAAUUGCCAUCAUCAACAACUGAUUUCCCAAGAAAAUUCCCAGAUCUCAUGAAGGGAUUUAAUGAAUGUGUAACCCAAUGUAAGAAGAUGAAUGAAUCCUCGAGGGAUGAAGAACAUGUGCAGAAACAAAUAAAGUUGGAAGACUGGAACAGAGAUCGACAUCAUGAUGGUGAUGAUCGGGUGAAAGAAACAGUUAGUGAUUGCCGGAAAAGGGACAAAUCUACUGUAGUUGCCAACAAGAAUGUUUCUGGUCGUAAGUUGUCUCUAUAUGCCAGCAAGAAGAAGAAUUCUGCAAAAUCUGUUAGAGAGCUGGAUCUAUCUAUCUGUGAAAAGUGCACUCCCAGUUACUAUCUUCUACCAAAAGAAUUUCAAAUCCCAUCUUCUAGCCGGAGAACAAAACUUGAUGCAGAAGUAUUGAAUGACCAUUGGAAAUGUGUUGCUCCAAGUAUUAAGGAUUAUUCUUCUAAACACAUGAGCAAAAAUCUUAAUGAAAUGACCUUGUUUGAAUGUGAAGAUGAUAGGAUUGAACUUGACAUGUGUUUAGAAACUGCAAAGUCAACAACUAAGCAAGUUGAAGAGCUCAUAGAAAAGAUCAAUACCAAUAUGAUUGAAAGAGACAAUCCAAUUAACAUUGAGAAGCACUUAAUAGCUCAAAAUCUUAGGUGCAUUGAGCAGUUAUAUGGCGACCAUGGGAUUGAUGUGCUGGAUGUGUUAAGGAAGAAUGCAUCUCAAGUUUUGCCAGUCAUUUUAACUAGGUUGAAGCAGAAACAUGAAGAAUGGGCAAGAUGUCGUGCUGAUUUAAAUAAACUUUGGGCUGAAGUAUAUGCUAAAAACUAUCAUAAAUCACUUAAUCAUGAUCGUGUUCCUUCUACUAGGAACCAAGAGCUUUAGUACUUGGGUUAUGAUUUUUUAUGCUUUUUUUUUUCACUUAUGGAAAAACAAAUUUUGUCCAGAUUGUUUCUUUUUUGUAAAAAAAAAUAUUACAUAAUCAUCAUAGUUUUUAAAUACGUA